AUUGAAGCUGCUACUACAACUGAAACUGCCACAGCAACUGAAGCAACUACUACAACUGAAGCUGUUACUACUGAAGCUGUUACUAAAACUGAAACUUCUACUAUAACGAAUGCUGCUACAAAAACUGAAGCAGCUCCAACAACUGAUGAUGCUUCAACAUCUGAUGCGGCUACAACAACAGAAGCUGCUACUACAACUGAAUCUGCUACAACAACUGAUGCUGCUACAACAUCUGAAGUAGGUACAACAACUGAUGCUGCUACUACAACUGAAGCUGCUAUAACAAUUGAAGCAGCUACUACAACUGAAGCUGCUACUACAACUCAAACUGCUACAUUAACUGAAGCUGCUACAACAACUGAAGCUGCUACUACAACUGAAGUUGCUACUACAACUGAAGCUGCUACAACAACAGAAGCUGCCACAAAAAAAGAAGCUGUUACUAAAACUGAAGCGGCCACAGAAACUGAAGCAACUACUACAACUGAAGCGACAACAACUGAUGCUUUUACUACAACUGAAGCUGCUACAACAACUGAUGCUGCUGGAACAACUAAAGCUGCUACUACAACUGAAGCUGCUACAACAACAGAAGCUUCUACAAGAACAGAAGAUGCUACAAAAACAGAAGCUGCUACCACAACUGAAGCUUCUACAACAACCACAGCUGCUACAACAACUGAAGCUGCCGCAGCAACUGAAGCAGCUACUACAGCUACUAUAAUUGAUGCUACUACAACUAAAGCUCCCACUACAACUGAAGCUGCUACAACCUUUGAAGUUCCUACUAGAAUCGAAGUGGCUACUACAACUGAAGCUGAUACAACAACAGGAGCUGGUAAAACGACUAAAACAUUAACAGUGGAACAAACAUCUUUUGUUGAAAAAACAUCAACUGCUGAGCAGACUUCUAAUACUGAACAAACAUCUACUGUUCAGCAAACAUCUAGUGUUGAACAAACAUCUACUUCUGAACAAACAUCAACAGCUGAACAAACAUCAGCAGAUGAACAAACACCAACAGCUGAACAAACAUCAACAGCUGAACAAACAUCAACAGCUGAAAAAACAUCAACAGCUGAACAAACAUCAACAGCUGAGCGAACAUCACCAGAUGAGCAAACAUCAACAAAUGAGCAAACAUCAACAGCUGAACAAACAUCAACAGCUGAACAAACAUCAACAGAUGAACAAACACCAACAGCUGAACGAACAUCAACAGCUGAACAAACAUCAACAGCUGAACAAACAUCAACAGAUGAGCAAACAUCAACAGAUGAGCAAACAUCAACAAAUGAGCAAACAUCAAUAGCUGAACAAACAUUUACUGCUGAACAAACAUCAACAGCUGAACAAACAUCAACAGCUGGACAAACAUCAACAGAUGAACAAACACCAACAGCUGAACGAACAUCAACAGCUGAACAAACAUCAACAGCUGAACAAACAUCAACAGAUGAGCAAACAUCAACAGAUGAGCAAACAUCAACAGAUGAGCAAACAUCAACAGAUGAGCAAACAUCAACAGCUGAACAAACAUUUACUGCUGAACAAAUAUCAACUGAUGAAACAACAUAAUCCUAAGAAACUGCAGUUACUCCAACCAUUGAUUAUUUUGAAAGUGUUGUUGGAGAAGAUUUUCAAAUGGUAGAUUUUCUAGUCAUCAAAGAUGAAAUAUAUCAUGAAAUUAUCAGUUUACACCAUGUUUGAGAGAAUUAGAAGUAUAAGAAUAAAUUUGACCCAUCAUCAA